AACUUUUAUCUGGUAUCGUAUUAUCUGACAAUUGUUGUCAGUCGCUUGCUUGGUGUCAUGGCUUCAUAUCAAGAUGAAUCAUAUCGGAUUUACGAAGUUGUCAAAGCUGUAAAAAGAAGCGAAUGGCCGCAAUUUGCAAAAAUGAGACUGGGAUUAGCAGAAGUUGAGAUUGAAGAAUGUGAAUACAAUUAUCAUAUGCAAGGAAUGAUUGAACAGAGAUAUCAGAUGGUCCUGACAUGGCAAAGAAAAAAAGGAAGAAUCGCUACAGUCGAACUUCUUGAACAACUUUUAGAAAAUCGAGGUGAAAGACCUCAACUAGGGGCUCCUCGGCCACAGGAAGUCCGACUAGCGCAAAGGCAAGAUUCUCCAUUAACGUCCCCAUCAGGGGAUGCCCCAUUAAUUGCCUCAGGAGAUGCUCCAUCAUUUUCCAAUUCAAGAAGUGAACAAAGUGCGAAUGUGUCAUUCAGGAGUGCCACAGAAUUUCAAAAUUCUGCGUCGAAUGUUACGUCUGGUGACACUAAACAGAUGCCACAGAAGGGAAACGUAAAUAAUGGAGAUUAUAAAUAUAAUGAAACAGUUCCAAAGAAAGCAUUUACAGGGGAAAGUGCAGCAGUGCCCUUGCCAACUAAACUAUCACUUCAGAUGGAAGGCCAAACUGGAGUCCAAGAUACUGAAAGAAGAAUGUCAUCAGGAUCUAAUAAUUCAAGUCUUCAUGGAAGAGCAAGCACUGUUGCUGGAGAUGGAAAAAAAUCUGGAAGUUUCAGGAAAAAAGCAAAAAAUGCAUUCAAAGAAUUCUUUGGGUCGCCUGGCUCGAAAAAGAAGAUUACUGAAGCACCCCGUGUGGAAACCCCUUCAUUGGAAGACAUUGAAGACCUGUGUGGACUUGUGAAAAAAAUUGAAGUGAUUCCUUGUUAUGGAAAUGAUUAUGAGAAAAGUCUCACAGAUGAGGGGAUCUACAGCAUCACUAAACCAAAGGGCUUAGCUUUGAUUUUAAACAACACUUUUAAAGGCACCAAAAAAGAGCGAAAAGGGGCUGAAAUAGAUGUGCAAAACAUGACAACUCUCUGGAAGAAAUUUGGAUGCGAAUUGUAUGGAAAUAAAACGUUCCCCAAACCCUGGAAAAGUGACAAAACUGGAAAACAAAUGAGGGAUUUGCUUCGUGAAGUGAGUGAAAUCAAGACAAAGUAUAGCUUCAUUGUGAUCGUGAUCAUGACGCACGGGGGAAUUGACAAUGGAAAACUGUUUUUUAAAGGCAGUGAUCAUGAAAGUGUGGAAGUUAAAGAAAUCGAGAAAAUGUUCUUCAACACCAAAAAUGGAAACUUGCACAACAUUCCAAAGUUCUUCAUUUUUCAAUUUUGCCGGGGAACAAUAAAGGACAGAGGUACUAUUGCAGCAGAUAAUGAAAGAAUAGAAACUGGUAUGCAAAGCUUUGGAAAAGUCAGUGUUCAAACAGAUGGCGCUGAAAGAAUACCAACGUCAUCUGAUAUUGUUGUUGCAUAUGCUACACAUGAAGAACAGACGGCUCUUCGAGAUAUCUAUGAGGGUUCCUGGUUUAUUAAUGCAAUAACGAAUGUCUUCAUGCGCCAAGCAGCGAAGAACCAUGUCGCUGACAUGCUGACAAUUGUAAAUCGAGCAAUGAAAGGAAAAACAGCACUGUACAGUGAAACAGAUAGCAACGGUGAUGUCACUGAUUCUUACGAAGUGAAAGCAAUGAGUGAGCAAAGAACGAGCUUAUCACAGCAUUUCUAUCUUUUUUCAGGAUUUCCAAAGUAACUCAACGUGUUGUCUAGGCCAGUGGUUCUUCAACUUUCAUGGCCCAUUUCAAAAAUACUCAACUGCUCUGUGCCCCCUUGUUCUCCAAUAGAAAAACAUACUUAGUUUUAUUUUUAAUGGAUUGGUCAUGGCAAAUGGUACCUAGGUGACCUUUGCUUGUGGCCCCCUGAUUCUAAGAUUCUCAACACGCUGUGGCCCCUCGUUCUUCAAGAACGAAACAUAGUUUUGUUUUCAACAUGUUCCCGAUCGGCAAAUAUAAUCUUGUCGAAUUGUUCAUGAUGAGACCUUUAUUCUCCACCUUCAAGUAGACGGCUUCGUCGCCCCCCCAAGUGUGUAAGGAAGGGCUUAGUUUCAAAAACACUGGUCUAGAUGUUCCAGGAUUCGCAAUAUGCGAGGUGGCUUCAAUUAUUCGUGUUUAAACUGUUUUUUGACCACAUAGACUCCAACAGCUUCGAGUCUUACUGAAAGUGAAAUCUACUGACACCUAGUGGCCACCAUAUUUCUAUUUGGUUUACCGUCCAUGCAUCUAGAGCAAAUGAAUGGCCAACUACUCCCAUACCUGACAUGGACUCAGAACCGACAACAGACUUGACGCACGAUUAAGCCAUCUAAUCGACUUUCCUCUCAGCUUGGUUAAAUAUGGAAAUCUGUUCUCUGCAUCUCAGUGAUGCUAUCAGCUCCACUCAAAUGGGUUCAUAGGAUUUCAGAGUGAGACUCAGUGAUUCCCAUUACAUUUUUCAUCAAAUAUCGGAAUGAUCUUCCAUUUUAUGUUUCGAUAUUAUACAUGAAACUUUGUAAAUACAUUUUUCAACCAAAUAAAUUAAUUAUUUUAUAUGAAAUGCCUUUUUUGUGUUACGUUCUUCCUUAAUUAUAUUCACAUAUUAAUCCAUGGUGCCCUUUCUUUGUUUAUUUAUGGUGCCACUGCCAAAUAUUUGUGACUGUAUUAACUGUAAAAAAAUUGACUUUUUUUUUAAUUAUUUUAGUUGCUUUAACAAAAUUGAACUAGAUGUUAGCUUGCUUUUUUUUCGUUGCCUGAUUUAUGUAUCUGUAUCUCAUACAUGUGCAACAUCCUGAGUGCUACAGCAGGUAUUUGAAAAAAAUGCCAUGAUUCUAUAAACAAACAGGCACCUAUUAUGUGUAUGUCGCAAAAAGAGAUAAGUCUUUUUAGUUACGUGCCCUUUUCUCAUUUUGCUCCUUCCAUUUAGCAGCCCAUUGUGACCAGUUGUUUGUUUUUUUGUUCUUAGAUGCUACUUCUCGUGAUUUAUUAGCAUUGCAUAUAAUUGCUGAAGCAUUUUAAAUAGUUUAAAAAAGUAUGUAGAUUCGUGUGAUUGUGUUUUAAUUUUGAAUUAUUUUUUGCUUUUUUAUUUUUUCGUAUCGAUUUAGUUUAUUAUUCUGUGAUCAAUUUUUUUUCUCGCAUCAUUAUUUUAAUACUCUUUUAUCAUAAUUUCCACUUUGUUAAAUUAUUCAAAAUUUAUGAACGGGUAUUCAUGAGAAAAAAAGUUAAAUCUGGGUGGUCCGAACCUUGGCAUGCGGUCCACAUAAAUAAUAAAAACGCCACUGAUGUAACAUAGCAAUAAGCUGAUUAGAACGGUAACUUCUCACUUUUUAAUACAUUUAAAGUAAUGAAACUUGCAGUAUUCUGAUCACUUUGAAAAAAAUGCCAGGGUUUUAUAUACAAACAGGCACCACCUGUCCAGUGCACAAUUUGGUUUCUGAGAGACUAACUACCUUCUAUGCUUUUGUGUCGGCGGAUCCAUAUGCAUAUAAUGCAAGGAUGCUAUAGCAAGAGAACAUGACCCUUGAAUCACUCUAUUAACUGUAUGUCACAAAAAAAGAUGAGUCCUUUUAGUUACAAAGCGCCCUUUUUCUUUUUACUCCUUCUAUUUAGCAGCCUAUCGACUGAGUUUAUUUAGCUUUUUUGUUCUUAGAUGCUAUUUCUCAUGAUUUAUUAGCAUUAUAUUAUAGCUGAAUCAUGUUAAAUAGUUUGUAAAUUUUUUUAAUUUGCGUAAUCGUUUUGAAUUUUGUAUUAUUUUUUGCUUUGUAUUUUUUCUGUAUCGAUUUAGCUCAUUAUUCUGUGAUCAAGUUUUCACCCGCAUUAUUAUUCUAAUAUUCUUUUCCUACGAUUUCCACUUUGUUAAAUUUACCUCCGUCCUG